AUGUGGAUUGUCGGAUGCGCUCUAGACAAGGGCCUCGAGUUUCGAGUCGUCAACUUUCUGCUGGGAAGCGUGGCCCUCGGACUAGUCGUCAUGCGACUCUUUUUCAAAAAGUACCUCAGCACCAGCAAAAGACUCGGCCUGGACGACUGGACAAUCGUGGCGGGCCUCAUUCUAGGAGUCCCCAGCAUCGUUAUCCAGGUCUUUUUUCUGACUCCGACGGGGCUGGGGAGAGACAUCUGGACGCUGGAUAUACCCACGUUGAUCGCGUUCGGCCGCUACUUUUACGUCAUGGAGAUUCUGUACCUGACAUUGAUGAUGCUGAUCAAGGUGGCGCUGUCUCUGUUCUACCUCAGCAUAUUCCCGGGGACUGUCAUUCGGCGCUUGCUGUGGGUGACUGUGGCAUUCCACGUCGCUUGCGGACUGGCCUUUAUCCUGAAAACCGUGCUGCAAUGCACGCCGGUCGCGUACAACUGGGAAAAGUUCAACGGCGAUGCUUCAACUACAGGCCAUUGCGUCGAUAUCAAUGCGUCGGGAUGGGUGAAUGGCGUGAUUGGCGUCGUGGCGGAUAUUUGGCUCUUUGCCCUGCCGCUGACACAGCUCAAGAGGCUCACGCUGCAUUGGAAAAAGAAGGUCGCCGCGGCUAUCAUGUUCUUGACCGGCGCAAUAAUUACCAUUGUGUCCAUGCUCCGGCUCAAGUCUCUGGUCCAUUUUGCCAACUCGUACAACCCAACUUGGGAUCAAUGGAGUGUCGUCUUUUGGUCCACGAUUGAGGUGUCGGUCGGGUUUAUUUGCACUUGUCUGCCUGCCUUGCGCCUCAUACUCAUGCGCAUGUACCCUCAGACAUUCAAGUCGGAUUCUUAUGCAUCUUCCUCUUUCACAUCGAGAAAUCUUUACAGGCGCAGUAGCAUUUCACGGAUUGUUGACGAGGGCUGUGAAAACGACUUGGUUGACUUGUCUCAGUCGAAUUUGAUACCGGCUCAUCUACAGGAUACUCUAAAGGAUAAUGAAGACGAGUCGGGGGCUAGGAGGGGCAAGAUUCGGAUACAAUCUCUGCAGACCUUAUCCCUUGAUGAGAAUAUCAUGGAAGGAACGGCGAGGGACCAAACGGCUGCAAGAAGGUCGUCUGCUAAUAAUUAG